AGAUUCGGCUGCGGCGGGCGGGCUCAGUCGCGUAGUGGCAGUAGGGGGAAGAUGGCGGCUGCUGCACCCCAGCGGGUGUGGACUGCGGAGCAGCUGCGCAGCGAAGCGCUCCCCAAGAAGGACAUCAUCAAGUUUCUGCAGGACCACGGCUCGGAUUCGUUUCUUGCAGAACAUAAAUUACUAGGUAACAUAAAAAAUGUGGCCAAGACAGCGAACAAAGAUCAUUUAGUCACAGCCUACAACCACCUUUUUGAAAGUAAGCGUUUCAGAGGUACUGAGAGUGUUGCCAGAGUGACAGAGCAGGUGAAAAGUGUGAAGCUUGAUGAAGAGAAGUCCAAAGGAGUCAAGCCUGAAGAGACUUUGGAUGAGGGUCCACCAAAAUAUACAAAAUCUAUUCUUAAGAAGGGAGAUAAAACUAACUUUCCCAAAAAAGGAGAUGUUGUUCAUUGCUGGUACACAGGAACAUUACAGGAUGGAACUGUUUUUGAUACUAAUAUUCAAACUAGUGCAAAGAAGAAAAAGAAUGCUAAGCCUCUAAGUUUUAAAGUUGGAGUGGGCAAAGUUAUCAGAGGAUGGGAUGAAGCACUCUUAACAAUGAGUAAAGGAGAAAAGGCUCGCCUGGAGAUUGAACCUGAAUGGGCUUAUGGAAAGAAAGGACAGCCUGAUGCAAAAAUUCCACCAAAUGCAAAACUCAAUUUUGAAGUGGAAUUAGUGGACAUUGAUUGAAGUGAUAGAUGUUUUACUGACCGAACUACAUACUUCAGGAACUAUUUCUGCAAGCCUGUGGCCUUGUCUAUACUUGAACAUCUGACCUUAUUCUUGGGGGUGGGGAAAACAUUCACUUUGAGAAUAAAUCCCUCGAGUUGAGCGUGUAUUGUUGAGGCUAUAUACAAGGCUGAUUGGGGUUGAGUUUUCUCUUAUUUAAUAGCCAUAUUUGUAAAGGCAAAAUCCUGAAUACAAAUACAUUAACACAAGUAACUGGAUGGCUCACUGAAUUUUCUAGGGCUGCAGGCAAUGCAUAAGAUUCCUUCCAAUAUAUGUUUUAAAUAUUUUUAGAAAGUGCUUUCCUCACUAGUAAUUUAAGAGUUAAAUUUGUGAUGUGUCUUAACCCUAAUAAAAAAAUUUUAAAACAAACACCUGUUAAAACAAAAAGCAGCAGGCUUUUUGUUCUUGAAGUCAUAACUAAGAAAUUUGCCUGUUUUUACUAAAGUGAUGAUCCUGCUCUUAGCUAUUUAUAAAGAUAAUCACAUUUUUCAGCAACUGGGUAACAAAUCAGAUUCUCUACCUCCUAACUUUUUGCUAAACUCUUAACCUCUUCCCAAUUAAAAAUGUCACUGCAUCUGUGAUGAUGAAUAAUUGACACAGCUUUUCUUGCUGGUUGAAAAUAAUACCCACUUUGAAAGAUUUUGAGUGCUUAGCAGAAGUCAGGUGGCUAAAGAGUUGGGGAUGUGGUUUUAAAUCCUCCUCUGAGUAUGAGCAAGGCAAACUCUUCCUGGACCUGUAUACAAUAAAGAUUAUGCGAGGAGCAGAGUUUUUUGGCAUUUAAAGUAAAAUUAAUAAAGAAUAUCAAAAUGUGUCUCA